AUGCAAGGCGCCAGCGCAGGCAGCAAAGCGGGAGCGGUCUCCAACGAUCCCGACGGACAGGCUAUCUCAUCGAGCAUUGCCACUUCCACGGGGGGCACCACCGUCGCUGAGGCGUUCGCCUCCAGCGAGGUCCAGGAGCAGUCCGCUGCUGAGGUUAGGAGAGUAUGGAUUAGGAUGAGGGAAGUGAUUCCCGAGGAUGCCUCCUGCGAAGACGUGCUGCUGGCCGCCGGCGAUGAAGUGACGGCAUCCGUAUCCGCCAUUGCGGCCGUCUAUGCGUCUACGUUUGGAACCGUCACCGUCUCGGGAACGGGGGAGGGCUGUGUGGACGCCGGUGCCUCUGGAACCGCCACGGCCACGGCGUUCAUAAACGUCAUCGUCGACGUGGCUGUGGAGAUCGCAUUCCAGGGCGACAGGAGGGCCGCGGACGGCGCAUUCUCCAGUGGCUUCGUGAAUGCUGUCACCGCCAUGGUGGCGUCGGCAUGGGCCGAGGCCUUCAUCAGUGGAUGCGCCUCCGCCUCCAACGGCGAGGCCUUUGUCCUGGCGGAGCAGAAUUCUUUCGCCCGAGCUGUUGCCUCGCCGAUCAUCACCGCAUAUGCCUGGGCGGAAGUGGGGCAGGAGUGCGGAGAAGCAGCCCUGGCGGACUCAGAAGUGGGCGCCGACAUCGGCGCGGGCGCCGGAGGCAAUGAGGCCGGCUCCGUCUCCAACACCAUAGUCGAGGGCACGGGCUCCGCGGACGCCGAGGGCAACGCGGGCGCCGACACAGUGGAGGUGUCCCCAGAAGAAGCCGCCGAGCCGUGCACCGGGACGCAGAGUGUGUGCUGCCUCAAGUCCCCCGAGGAGAUCUGCCACUGCACCCUGGCGACCAUCGA